UGAAAAUGCUUCCUUCUGUUCCAACUGAAAGCAUUCCCGCGUCAGAUUAUUACGUUACCAAACACUCACACACUUUUGUUUUCACAUAUAUAGACAUAUGGUCUAUUUUCUAGGUCAAAUUCUAUGGAGAAUGAAGGACCAUGUGCAUAAAAUCCAAGAGGCCAGAAUAAAACAGCGUGUGACACAGACUUCCACUGUCAUUCCCAAAACAGGCACAAUUCACCAACCCCUGAACCACUUUGAUAGGAAAGAUGACAAAACUUUCCCACAGAAAUUCUUUGUGAACGACGUUUAUUGGCAGCGUUCGGAUGGACCAGUCUUUCUCUACAUAGGAGGAGAGGGCCCACUCUCUAAAUUCAGUGUGUUGUUCGGCCACCACGUGGACAUGGCAGAGAGACAUGGAGCACUGCUGGUGGCUCUGGAGCACCGCUUCUAUGGGCAGAGCAUCAACCCCGAUGGUCUGGAGACAGAGAACCUGAGAGAUCUCUCCAGCCAGCAAGCUUUAGUCGACCUGGCUGCGUUCCAUCAUUAUAUCAGCCAGAGGUUCAGCCUCUCCCAUAAGAACACCUGGAUCAGCUUCGGUGGUUCGUAUGCUGGAGCACUCUCAGCUUGGUUAAGAGGAAAGUUUCCUCAUCUUAUCUAUGGAGCAGUGGCAUCCUCUGCCCCUGUUCAAGCUCAGUUGGACUUUAGCUCUUAUAAUAGGGUGGUUGGUUAUAGUCUUAUGAAUGAGGCAGUGGGUGGCUCUAAAAAGUGUGUAGCAGAAGUGAAAGGGGUGUUUGCAGCAGUAGAGGCAGCUCUGCUAAUGGGGAAUGAGGUAGAGGUGGGAAAAGACUUCGGCUGUUGUGAGACCCCUUUCAAACCAGAGGACAAGAUAGAACUGUUGCAGAGUUUGGCCGAUAUCUUCAUGGGAACCGUCCAAUACAAUGAGGAGGGGGUUGCAUUCAGCAUCGCAGAACUUUGUGACAUCAUGACCAAUAAGAGUGAACAGAAUAAACAAAAGGAGGAGGCGUAUGACCGUCUGGUCAAACUGGUGGAGAUGUAUCGUGCCAGAGAGAAGGUGCCAUGUCUGGAUGUUUCUCAUGAGAAGCUUGUGCUUGAACUCAGAAACACUACAGCUACAUCCAGCUACAGACAGUGGUUCUACCAGACCUGCACUGAGUUUGGCUUCUAUCAGACGUGUGAGGACACCAGCUGCCCCUUCUCACGUAUGUCAACCAUCCAGUCUCAGACUGAGCUCUGCUCUCGAAUCUUUGACAUCCCUAAGGACCAUCUGCCUGUCCACAUUGACUUUACCAACCAGUACUAUGGAGGGAACCGGCCCCAGACACAAAGAGUGCUCUAUGUCAAUGGAAACAUUGACCCAUGGACAGAGCUAAGUGUAGUCUGGAAUGACACUAUGGUGGACAAUGACAGAGUUAUUCUUAUUGACGGCACCGCCCACUGUAGGGACAUGAACUCCGAUAAAUCAAUGGAUAGACCUGCAUUGCACCAAGCCAGGAAGGAGAUUGGAAGACGUGUGGCCAUGUGGCUCAAAAGUGCAGCACUGGCACCAUAAGAUUUGAUCAGCAUGUCUUUCUGAUAAUCACAUGACCAAAGCAUGCCAACUGAGUUUCCUUUUGCCCUUUAAUUU